AUGUGGAAACAAGUGGACCUUCCCUUCCAGAACUCCGAGCCUCUGCCUCCACUACCUACAACAGAUGAAAUCCGCGCUUGCACCAAUGUCCUCUGGGAGACCACGGCAUCCAAGGUAGUGACGAUCAACGACAAUAUUGUCGUUAAAUAUGGAGGUGGUAUAAACACCUGGGAAGGCCAGGCACUGAUUUACCUUGAACGGCACGUCCCCGAAGUCCCAGCCCCUCGACUAUACGCGAUGUACUAUGAGGGCAAACAACUGUUCUUGGUCAUGCAACGCAUUCCCGGCGUACAGCUGAAUACCAUCUGGCCAUCAUUGACCCCAUCCGAGAAGGAUGGUAUCAUAGCAAAACUCCAAUCGAUAUUCGAUGCUAUGCGAAAAGCUGAGUGUCCAUGGUCCGACUUUUUCGGGGGUCUGGACGGGGGUGGCGUACAUCAUUACUUAUUCUAUAGCCAGCACGGCGAUCACAAAUCUCUAGGGCAUUUCACUGGUGAACCUGCCUUCGUCGCAGGCCUUGCUCGCUUUUAUGAAAAAUAUCUCGCUCGCGUCCUUCAAGGUCAUCGGCCUACACUAACGCAUGGAGACGUUCAGCAGAAAAACAUCAUGAUUGUGGAGAAUAAAACUUGCCGAAAUGAUCAAGGUGGGCGAUCAUUUGACGUCGUACUGGUCGAUUGGGAGAAUGCUGGUUGGUUUCCUGACUUUUGGGGAUUCUUCUGUGCAUCGUGUCCCUUUAUUUUCAAUUGGGAUGAAGACUGGUCAUGGCGAGUUCAGGAAUUUGUUCAUGUGUGGCCUGCUGAAGUGGCUAUUCUGCAAUUGAUUGAUAGAGAUCUAGGCUGGUGA